AUGACUGAUAAGAAGUGGUCAGCUGAGCUGACCGCCAUGAUUCAUUCCCUCUGGCCAAGCUUAGGGGCUGGAGCUGACCCUCCAGACCAGCCCCCUGCCCCUCCAAAUGAAGACUCUCCCACAGAUCCCUUGAGAAGGAGAGGAGAGGAACUGCCAGCAGCCCAGAGAAGUCGAUGGCCGGUCCUCUUGCCCGUAGCAGCCUGCGGCCUCUUGGCCAUCACCCUCUGUCUUCUGACCAGCCACGUAACACAUUCUGGGGGCCGUACCUCAGCAGUCUCUAGCUGGAUAUCUCCUGCCUCGUUGCCCAGAUGGGCUCUCUCCAACCAUAGCUCGUCCACUCCGCCCUCUACUUUGUACAGUCCUAGCAUCAGCCCGCCCCUCUUCCCUCACCGGGAUCCAACUGGAACGGGAGAAUCUAAAGGCCUGAUGCUCAGAAGAGUCAGUGACCCCAUCCCUCGACCUUCCAGGAGCCCCCGAGGCUUGGCUAGCCCAUGUGGUUCAGAGACCAGUUCUGGCCUUCCUCCCUCUCACCCCUCUCUGGAGACCAAGAGCCAUGCAGACUGGAGAGAGGAGUCAUCCACAGGCCACCAAAGGCCUCAGCUGGCCUCCAGUACCCAAGGGAAGCAAGCCUCUCUGAGGAAGGAUAAAAAGCUGAGUUCUCUACUCUAUCUCUUUACAGAACAGGGCACACUGGACUCUGGGUCCGAGGCUUCCCAAAAGGGUAAGGUUGAAGGCCAGGCUGGAGCCCUGGAGCUUAACACAGUCCUGUCACUCCAGGCUUGGACUGAAGCAGGAGCUCUGUCCAGGCGGCUGUCUACCGGAAAUGGACAACUCCUGGGAUCCCAGCCUGGAUCCCAAGUUGAAGCCAAGGUAGGCAGAUUAAGUCCUGACCACCUUGGGGUGGCCACAGCCCCACUUCUGGGUGCCCCGUCCAGCCCCACUCAUAUGAGCCCCACGGUGCUGCCCGAAUGGGCCAAUCCAGCAGUGAGUUCAGGGGAGCCAGGGACCCACAACCAGCCUUUCUGGGGGUCUACUGAAGCCAUGGCAACUGACAGGCCAACAGGAACAGAUGCUCACUCUUCUCACAUCCUUCCCACACCCCUGUCUUUGACCCAGCAAGAAGACACAGCCGCUCCCACUCCCUACCCUUCAGAUGACUUAACAUCAGGAAGUCUAGUUCACCCCUCCGCCAUGACUUCCCGAAGCCUCGAGCCAAGGACCAGGCGUCCAAACACCAGAGGCAGGGCCGGCAGGGACUCCUAUUCUUCCUAUAUGCCCCUUGGGAAAGCAUGUCCUCCCAGCACAGCUGUCUCCAUGGUGACUGGCCCUGGGCUUCCACCUGCGAAGAGGAAUGAUGUAACAGGGAUGAAUGAACUUGGGUUAGGAGCUUCUGUCCCAGCUGCCAGCCCCCCAGACCCCAGUGAUGUUCCUGGUGUCUCUCUGAAGCUGCUGGCCUCCAAAACAUCCAACUCUUUCCUGGAUCCCACUGGAAUCCCGAACCAGGCUCUUCCCUCCUCGACACCCUUGAGCUCUUCUCUGCCUGUGACCCUGUCUGGCCAGGAGCUGGGCCCCGUCUACAAUCCAGCCGAUGAGAGCCUGGGCUCAGGUGUCUUUCCUCACAGGGAUUCCCAGCAGCCCACCAGUCUGGCUGAGCCUUCCAGCCCCCCAACCCUAGCUGCUACUACCCCUGGCCUUCCCCUUGGUCUCUCCAGCUUCAGCCUUGGCUUGCAAAGGACAUCAUCCAGAUCACUGGCCAGCACUGCAAAACCUCUUCCCCAUCCGGCUGGUGACAUGGCCCUCUUUCCAAGGGCAGAAUUCCCAACAACCUCCCUUGGCACUUCUCCCAUUCUCCCUAAGGCAGUGGGGACCCCCCCAGGUCCUUCUGGGCUGAGCCACCUGAAGAGUGUGAGCAGAGUCAAAGCUGCAGUCCCAGCUGUUGUGACUGCCUUGGCCCUCUCUGCUGACCCUGGUGACUUGCAGACGCUUGAGACUCCCUCCCAGAGUGGCCAGGAGACAUCUGACCCUAAGCAUUUGACUGUUAAUGUGCCUACUCGUGGGCCGCAGGCUGUGUCUACAACACCCUCUCUGGACCUGACGGCCAGGGUAGAUGACCCAGCAAAGAUCUCGGCUAAGUCAAGAGAAGCCCAUGAGACUGCAGUUCCUGGAGACCUUGAGAUCCACACUCCUCAGCUGCCUGGUGAUGGCUCUAACCAGACUCCAUCCACUGCUGCUGGUGGCUGGCUCUAUGCUAGCUCUUCCCCUGGAAUGCAUCUGCCUCAUUCAGCAUCCCCCACUGAGAACUCUCUUCUUGGGCAGCCCCAAACCCCCAGCCUGGGGAUUGACUCUAAAACCAGAGUCACCUUGGUUUCUAACACCUUGCCCACCAGUCUCCCCCAAGGGGACUCAACUAGUUCAGCUGAGGGCCAAGAACCAGGAGAAAGGAAACUUGGCCCAGGGCGACAGACACCUGAAACUCCAGCUCCUCUCACCCCUGGACAAAAAACUGCUACUUGGUCUGUAGAAAUACCACCAGCCAUUCCAGAAAGGCAGCUGCACCACACUCUCCAACCCAAGGAUGGAACCGUGUCAGCUACGACAGCCCCUGAGAAGCGUCUACACCCCUCUGUGGAAGACACGGACAAAACUCGUGGUCCCAGCUUUCUGAAGCCUGCAGGGGACCGUGCAACUUCUGGGACAGUGGAAAGUCCAAUUGGUUCUCCAGGGCCCCUAGCCAAGGCUACAGGAAAUGUGCCAACCCAGUUGGCACCUUUCCUCUGGACUAAACCAAGGCUUCUGCAGGCCUCUUUGGGGCAGCUGGCCCUAAGUAGAAGAGCUCUGACAACGCCGGACGCAGCUUUGCCCCCUGGGACCCCCAAGCAUUCAGCCUCAUUGACUAAGCCAAGCAUCCCUUCCCCGGUGCCCUCGGUGGGCACUGACACCCAGGACUCCCCAACAGGAGUAAGUGGCCAUCCAGCUAACCCUCCUGAGUCGACUUUCCCAUCCACUGACCUUCCACUACCAGUCACCGUCCCUAUGCUUUCAACCCAGUUCAGAGCUACCGGCCCCACCACGGUAACUGGAUGGGAACCCAGUCAGAUGGCAAGGCUGCUGAUCGCUUCGGCUCUGCCCAAGCCCUGGCAGGCCCCGGAUUCCAGUCUCUCCCCUCACUCUGAUCUCAAGGGUCCUGCAACAACAGGCCAGUGGGCCGCCUCCAUCCCUGAGCCCCAGACUCCAGGCUCCUCCUUGUCUACCGUUGUGCUCUCAUCCCCACCUUCACUCAACCUGCCCCCUGUUGCUGGCUCCAGCCUCACAAAGGAAGUGUUCCACGACUUCCCGCCCCUUCAGGUAGGUGCCGAGGUAGCGGGUGAGUCUCCCAGAGGAGAGGGAACUGAGCAAUCUGAUUCCCUUGAAGGGAGAAGGCUGGAAUUGGGCCCUCCAUCAGGUGAGCAAGAACCUCUCUCCCUGGAUAAGAAGGGCCCGGUUACCAGUGAAGGGGCUGUGGCUCUGCCUAUUCCCCGUGCUGCCCCCACCGUCUCCUCCGCAGAGCUGACUCCAAGCAAGGCUGCUCUCGUCCACCCCUCCUUGGUCAGGGGGACCACAACCUCUCUACUAGCAUCUGUGAGAGCUAGUGACCAACCCACGCCUCCGACCGAUGCCAGCUUUCUGCCCUCCAGAGAGAUCCUGGCCCCCAUGACCCCAGCUGACACAGGUACUCCUAGAGGGCUGCUCUCCUCUGCCUCUCCACCAAGCCCGUCAUCGGGAGCCCCAGGCUGGAGCCCAAAGGAGGGUCCCAGUCCAGCGGGGCUGACCCGGCCACCAUCUGCUAGGACUGAAGCACAUCCUGUUCUAAAGCCUGUGUCAAAGGGGUAUGUGCCACCUCUCAAGAAGGGCCCUCUGGGACAAGAGCCUGGGUAUUUUCCUCCACUGGCUGUCUUGCCCACCCUCCCUCUGCAGUUUCGUCUGACUGGUAUUGCUUUCACCGAGCCCCUGGAGGAUGAAUACUCGGUCACCUACAGGAGACUGAAGACCGAAGUCACUCUAACACUACGGAAGAUGCUGUUCUCCUUGAAGGGCUUCCACAAGAUCAACAUCCUCGGCUUCUUGAAUGGGUCCAUCACAGUCCAGAGUGAGGUGGAGUUCCAGGAAGACCAGGUGCCCAGCAGCUCAACCCUCAUCCGCACUAUCGUCACCAUGGUCCAGGAGAAGAUGGACACCUAUUUUUCCUGGAGGGUGGACUUGGCCUCCCUGAAGUCAAAUGGCUACGGCUUGGGAAACCUGGAGCCGGAGAUUCUGCCUGUGUUCUUCAUUGCCCUGAGGCUCAGCUCUGCUGCGGCCCUUGGGGUGAAAGACCACCAAAGCCCCCUAGCCCAUCUGAAGUACCAGGUGGUGUACUCUGUGGGCCUGCUGUAUCCUGUGGAGACAUUCUUCAUCAACAGCCUCAGGGACGUCCAGGGAGACUUGGCAGUCCAGGGGGAGGUCGUCGUCCAUUCUCUGACCUUGAUCAACACAGACCUGAUCUUGCAGAAGCUAAAGAGGCUCGCCAACUACUCUGUGGACCUGCGCUUUCUCACUGUGGCUGAUACCAAGCUCACCCUGCAAGAGGUCCCCAUCUCCUUCCUGGUCACCAACCGGAGGUUUAAGGAGCAGCUGCUGACUCGCUCUUCCUCGGAACACCAGGGGCUCUCCCGGGACCUCUCCGAGCUGGUGAUGCGUGUGUUGAGUUCCUAUAGCAGCCUUCUGCAAGUGAUGGUGGAAGACUUCCUGGGUGGCUCUCUGAUCUGCAUGGGGACACUGGUUUUCCAAGACCCACUGCCCAACACCAAGGACCUUCUGCAUACGCUGGCGGACUCCAUCGCUCUAGACUAUCACUUUGCUGGCUCAGACUUCCAGGUGGACCCCAGGUCUUUCCAGAUAGCAGGUGAAAGGAUGAGUUCCCUGCCCAAGUACCAAGGUUUAUCUGGCUCCACCAUAGGACUCAUUGUGAUUUCCCUCCUGUUCCUCACCUUCAUGAUCAUCGUAGCCCUGUGUCUAAGGACCAGGAUGUUUGGCUACUGGAACCGAGGAGUUUUCUCCCCCCUGCACGAAGUGAAUGUCCACAGGCAGACCUUCGAACUGGAAAACCAGGGCUUUGAACCCCCCAGAGAGGAGGGGAAUGGCGGGCAUGCCUUAGCAGCGGACAACCUGGGAUUUCUCCUCACCGCUGAGGAUGACCAGGAAGGUCAGAUACCCCUUCCUCAGACACAAGGAUCUGAGGCUCCAGGUGAAGCUCCUAGCGGGAAAAGUCUGCCUCUGGCCUCUUGCUCCUCUGCCCCAAAGAAUGGCUGAGGGGGCCUACUGUUCUCCUGAGACUUGCUGCAGACAUCACCCAGACAGCGAAGUGGACCCUAGUUGAGGCUCUGCCCCUCUUCUCUGUGUGGGCUGUUCUAACUCCUUCCCACUCAAGUCCCCUCCUUUCCCCUCCUCCUGUUGCCGGGAGCCUUUUAUGUGCCCUAGCUGUGCUCUUGCCCCUGUCUUGUGGAUUGUUUUUCUUCUCCUUGAAUCUACACCUAGAUGUUAAAUAAAAGCAAUUUUUUAAAAACUUCA